AGGUCGAUGUAGAUACAUACAUAAGUAAUGCUACUUUGUGAGCAUGAGCACAAACAGCAUGUCGUUUAAUAAUCAUCUUAAUAUGAGUUCACAAGGAAAUUUUCACAUCAUUGUGAACGGAAAAUAUCACGAAGUUGAGCCAUGCAAUUUGUCGCGCUCCACAACCCUCAAUGGUUUUUUGAGGGAGCAUUUGCACCUCACAGGCACGAAGCGUAUGUGCUUAGAGGGCGGCUGUGGCACGUGCGUGGUAAGCGUGAAAAGAAAACACAACGCCACUGGAAAAAACGAAAUAUUUGCUGUAAAUUCUUGCUUGAUACCGAUAUUCUCUGCCCACGGUUGGGAAAUCUCCACUAUAGAAGGGCUGGGAAGCUGGGAUAAUCCUCACGAAUUGCAAAGCACGAUCAACAAAUUCUACGGUACGCAAUGUGGUUACUGCACGCCGGGCAUGAUCAUGAACAUGUUCGCCUUAAAAACCUCCAAAGGGGACGAUUUGACCAUGGCCGAGGUGGAAAAUUCCUUCGGCGGAAAUAUAUGCAGAUGCACCGGUUACAGGCCAAUUUUGGCAGCUUUCAAAUCGUUAUGUAAUAACAAAUCUGUGGAUAUCGAAGACUUGCCCAGUUGUCCCAUGAAAAAUAACACAAAUGGUAACUGCAACUCCAAAACUACUUCGCCGUUUUUUUAUGAUGUCAGUGGAAUAUCCUGGAUUAAAGUUGAAAAUGUCAGUGAUCUACUUAAAAUCCUUAAAACCUCCAAUGCAAUUCAAAACAAUAACACCUGCAGUUCAAUUUGUAUUGUAGCAGGAAACACAGCUCAAGGUGUUUACAAAUCGAAGACAGCGUUCAAGAUGUAUGUCGAUAUACAGGAUGUUGCAGAACUGCAAAAUCACUUGAUUCUUAAAAAUGGUUUAGUUAUUGGCGCCAAUAUGACUUUGACUAAAACUAUUGUGUUAUUUAACGAAUUAUCUGAAAAAAGACCUAAAUUGAAGUAUCUCAAAAAAAUAGCCAAUCAUAUAGAUCUUGUAGCCAAUCUACCAGUUAGGAACGUUGGGACGUUAGCUGGAAAUAUUAUGAUAAAGCAUAAACACAAAGAUUUCCCUUCAGACAUAUUUUUACUACUGGAAACUAUUAACGCAUUGUUGCAAAUUGUUGAUGUAAAUGAAAAAGAAGUUCUAAUCACACCUAUGGAAUUUUUGAAAACCGACAUGGAAAAUAAAAUUAUUAAAAAAAUAAUAUUCCCCUUUUUAACUGAUUGCCAUUUCUUCGACAGUUUUAAAGUUAUGAGACGCGCCCAAAACGUCCACGCUACCAUUAACGCAGCAUUUCUGCUCAAACUCACCGAAGGAAAUAUCAUAGAAGAAGCAAACAUCGUUUAUGGCUGUCUCGGUUCCAAAAUACACGCUUGCGAGACGGAAAGCUUCCUCUUGGGUAAAAAUGCCUUUGAUAAUCAUGUUUUACAAGGCGCUUUCGCAAGCCUACACAACGAACUAUCGCCGGAAUUCAACCUAAUGCGCCCAAAACCUGAGUUUUUGAAAAAAUGCGCUAUCAGUUUGUUCUACAAAUUUAUUCUGAGUAUCGCUCCAGAGGAAUUAAUUUCACCAAAAAUGAUGUCUGGUAGAGAGAAACUACAUCGCCCUGUAUCCAAAGGAAGCCAAACCUACGAGUCAGUUAAAGAAAUGUACCCCCUGACUUAUCCUAAAUUGAAACAGGAAGGACUACACCAAUCAACAGGAGAAGCAGAAUAUAUUUCAGAUAUGCCAGACCUUCCUCAGCAAUUACACGCCGCUUUUGUUCUGGCCAAAUGCGCUCCGCUUUCAAAAAUUACGCACGUACACAAAGAAAAAGCCUUGAAACUGGAAGGUGUGGUGGCGUACCUGGACGAAACAGACAUACCUGGCAGGAACGUGAGCGUACCAAAAGAGUUGAUGUUCUUUCCUCAGAGUCCCGCCGACGUCGAAUUAUUCUGCAGCGGCGUCGUUAGGUACCACGGUCAACCCAUCGGCGUCGUGGUGGCCACUUCGAGGGAACGAGCCGAAGAAGCAGCCGAUUUAAUAGAAGUCCUUUACGAACCAGGCGAUGAGGAAUUCUUCCUCGAGACUCAAGAAGUGUUGAAACACUCAAAACUAGAUAGAAUCCAACAGUGCGGUAUAAUUGAAGCAACAAAUAAAGGAAACAAUGUAGCAAAGAUCAUUAAUGGUACUUACGAUAUGGGCGGGCAAUAUCACUUUUACAUGGAAACACAAGUUUGCAAUGCCGUUUAUAAAGAAAACGGUUUAGACAUAUGGGCAAGUACUCAAUGGAUUGAUCUGUGCCAAAACGCUGCAGCCGUUGCAUUAAACAUACCAGCAAAUAUGAUAAACGUGAGCGUCAGGCGUGUGGGAGGUUCCUUCGGAGGUAAAGUAAACAACAAUGCUAUUGUAUCAACGGCUACAGCUUUGGCGGCGUACAAACUGAAAAAACCAGUGAAAAUGUGGCUGCCGAUAGAAAGUAAUUUCGCUUUAGUGGGAAAGCGAAAUGCAGUGCAUAGCGAUUACGAAAUAGCAGUCGAUGACGAAGGAAGGAUACAGUAUUUGAACAAUGCUUGUUAUAUUAACCAUGGAGAAAAUGGUAACGAAGAUGUCAUACCCUUAACGUUGAGCAUAUUCCAUGAUUGUUCAUAUAAAAACGACGUGGUUAGCAUAAACGUCAAAACUGUUACAACUGACGCUCACAGUACCUCUUAUGUUAGAUCACCAGGCUCUAUCGAAGGCUUGGGAAUGUUAGAAAAUAUAAUAGAACACACUGCUUCAAUAAUAAAUAUGGACCCAUUGGAAUUCAGGUUAAAGAACAUGACUGUAGAAGACCCAAAAGUAUUAGGGUACAUGCAUGAGUUUUUAGAAUGGGCCGAUAUUAAAAACAGAAAACAAGAGAUAAAACUUUUUAAUGAGAAAAACAUAUGGCGCAAAAAAGGUAUAUCUGUGAUACCUAUGAUUUAUUCUUUUGAGUUAUUUUUGAAUUACGGCGUAACAGUUUCCAUUUUUCAUUUUGACGGAAGUGUAGCCGUUUCUCAUGGAGGCGUUGAAAUUGGUCAAGGGGUUAACACAAAAGCUAUUCAAACAUGUGCUUACAAAUUGGGCAUACCAAUGGAUAAAAUUAGCGUCAAACCCAGUAAUAACGUAACGUCAGCAAAUUCGAAAAUGACAGCAGCUAGUAUGACUAGCGAGGGAAUAUGCUGGGGAGUUUGCAAUGCAUGCGAUAUUUUACUCGAUAGAAUGAAACCAAUCAAAGAGAAAUUGGACAACCCCUCAUGGGAAACUCUCGUGCGGGAGUCACAUAAGAAUUUGGUGAAUUUGGUUGCAAAUUCAAUGUACAGCCCAUUAGCUCCAGGUUUGGAAGGAUAUAAAGUAUACGCUGCGUGUGCAGCUGAAGUAGAAUUAGACGUUUUAACCGGUUUACACCAGGUCUCUAGAGUGGACAUUCUAGAGGAUACCGGCUAUUCCAUGAAUCCAGAAGUGGAUAUAGGUCAAAUAGAAGGAGCUUUCAUUAUGGGUCUGGGCUAUUACGUAACUGAAAAGUUAAUAACCGGUGAUAACGGUGAAAUUUUAACCAAUAGAACGUGGAAUUACCAGCCGCCAGGAGCCAAAGACAUUCCUAUUGAUUUUAGAAUUAAAUUGCCUGGAAACAAUCCAAAUCCUGUUGGUGUAUUGAAGUCUAAGGCUGUUGGUGAACCAGCUAUUUGCUUAGCAAUUACUAUACCGUUGGCGAUAAGAAAUGCGGCAUCUUCAGUUAGAAAAUUCUUCGAUCCUUCAUCUUCCCCUUGGUACUCGAUUGAUGGACCUUCUGAUGUAGAAAAUACGUUUAUUAAUUGUUUGCACGACUACAAGAAGUAUUCCUUAUAAAUUUUAGAUAAUGUUUACAGGAGCUAUUUAUUUCUUAUAUGGUGCUCUAAGGUAUUUCAAAGGUUUAUUCUUUAUUUAAAUAUUUAUCAAGUGGGUGUUUUACGAAAAUAAUUUUGGGAUAAAUUUGGAAAUUUUUGGUAUGAGGAAACGAAGAGGUGAACUUUGUUUUUUUUAGUUUAAU